AACAAAUCAUCAUGAUGAACUCAUCUAAAAGAACUCUCCUAUCUAUUGUAUGCUCGAUUUUUACUUUCUCUAUAAUGGUGGUGCCUUUGAUUCGUUCUGAAGCUUUGCAACAAGAUGAAAAACCGUUUUUCUUUAGCAGGCCUCAUGUGAAUGUUACGAUUCAGAAUAAUAAUGAUUAUAUUCUUGGAGUUCAUUGUAAAUCCGGAGAUAAAGAUAUAGGUUUCCGCAGUCUUAAAAAGGGUGAACGAUAUGAAUGGCAUUUUCGUGUUAAUCUUAUGAAUACUACACUCUUUUUUUGUGGAUUUAGCCAGGAAAACAUAAACAAAGGCGUGUUUAACAUCUAUGAAUCGAUUAGAGAUACCGAUAGAUGAAAAAGUUGCACAUGGAUGGCAGAGAUUAAAGGAGUCUAUGGAUAUGGCAAGGAUUCACAUGACGCUAUCCUAUUUUAUAAAUGGUUACACUAGUUUGAAACUUAUAUAAAAAGAAAGAUGUAAUGCAAUUAAUCAAAAUAUAAAA